GCUGAGAUGCCGCGACGCUGACGGUCCUGCCCCGUCUGUCGAACCGGACCAAUUAUGAUAAUGAACACAAUGAUGUCCACACGGCGCGUGUAGCGCUAAAUUCACCACUACCGGACUCUUACGAGACACUCCACUUUGAUCCGCGCUCAUUCAAACUUCAGAUGGACUACCUUCACUCUGCACUGACCAGUAAAAUGAAUUGGAUCACACUACUGCUGGCCGGCUUGACUUUUUGGGGCAAAGUGUCCUUGCACAGUUGUUUAGAUUAUGAUGACAGUUAUGAUUAUUAUGAAGAGGAGAAAACGGAGACGAUAGACUACAAGGAUCCCUGCAAAGCCGCUGUAUUUUGGGGAGAUAUCGCCUUGGAUGAAGAGGACUUGAAAAUGUUUCAGAUCGAUGGGACGAUAGAGCUUUCGCAGCAGUCACAUGGUAGACAGGGACACACAUCUGGUGGUCUAGGAGAGCAUAAUCCCAGUAAGAAGAGAGGUUCGUUAUAUCUGUUGCUGGACAGAAUACGACGGUUAGGUUUUGAGUCAUGGCCAGUGAACAGCAGUAAAGAUGUUUCCAGCUCCAAGGCUGGAGGAAGGAGUGUAAACAGCGGCAGAGGUGUGAAAUCUCGAGUACCACGUGCUGCCACAUCCCGAGCUGAGAAGAUCUGGCCUGGAGGAGUCAUCCCUUACGUCAUAGGAGGCAACUUUACCGGAAGUCAGAGGGCCAUGUUAAAACAAGCAAUGAGACACUGGGAGAAACAGACGUGUGUGACCUUCAUUGAGAAAACUGACGAGGAGAGCUACAUCGUCUUCACCUACAGACCCUGCGGGUGUUGCUCUUACGUCGGUCGUCGUGGCAAUGGACCCCAGGCAAUAUCCAUUGGGAAGAACUGCGACAAGUUUGGCAUUGUCGUUCACGAACUUGGGCACGUAAUUGGCUUUUGGCACGAGCACACUCGACCUGACCGUGACGAUCAUGUGACCAUUAUCCGAGACAACAUCCAACCAGGUCAGGAGUAUAACUUUAUCAAGAUGGAACCAGGCGACGUCAACUCUCUUGGUGAGCCGUAUGAUUUUGACAGCAUCAUGCAUUAUGCCAGAAACACUUUCUCCAGAGGAAUGUUUUUAGACACAAUUCUUCCCUCUCGUGAUGAGAAUGGCGUCAGGCCUGCUAUCGGCCAAAGAACUAGACUCAGCAAAGGAGAUAUAUCGCAAGCUAAGAAGUUGUACAGAUGCCCAGCAUGUGGUGAAACACUACAGGACUCAGUGGGGAAUUUUUCAUCUCCAGGAUAUCCUAAUGGGUACCCGUCAUAUACACACUGUGUAUGGAGGAUCUCUGUCACACCUGGGGAAAAGAUAGUGUUAAACUUUACCACUAUGGACCUUUACAAGAGCAGCCUGUGCUGGUACGACUACAUAGAGGUUCGUGAUGGAUACUGGAGGAAAGCACCAUUGCUGGGUCGUUUUUGUGGUGAUAAAAUUCCAGAAGUUUUGGUCUCCACAGACAGUCGGAUGUGGAUUGAGUUCCGCAGUAGUAGCAACUGGGUUGGAAAGGGAUUCGCAGCAGUCUAUGAAGCAAUAUGCGGAGGGGAGAUCAGUAAGGACUCUGGACAGAUUCAGUCUCCAAACUAUCCAGAUGACUACCGUCCAUCUAAGGAAUGUGUGUGGAGGAUCACAGUGUCCGAGGGUUACAGCGUGGGCUUGAGCUUUCAGGUCUUUGAGAUCGAGCGACAUGACAGCUGUGCAUAUGACUAUCUAGAGGUUAGAGACGGUUUGUCUGAAAACAGCCCCCUGAUUGGUCGAUUCUGCGGCUACGAUAAACCUGAAGAUAUCCGUUCCACCUCCAACACCCUCUGGAUGAAAUUUGUCUCUGAUGGCACUGUAAAUAAAGCAGGCUUUGCUGCAAACUUCUUCAAAGAGGAAGACGAGUGUCUGAAGCCAGAUAAUGGAGGCUGUGAACAGAGAUGUGUUAACACAUUAGGAAGCUUCAAAUGUGCAUGUGAUCCUGGAUACGAACUGGCCCCUGACAAGAAGAGCUGUGAAGCUGCAUGUGGUGGCUUGCUGACUAAGUUGAACGGCACUAUCACCACCCCAGGUUGGCCAAAGGAAUAUCCUCCCAAUAAGAACUGUGUGUGGCAAGUGGUUGCUCCCACUCAGUACCGCAUAUCCAUGCAGUUUGAAGCCUUUGAACUAGAGGGAAAUGAGGUGUGUAAGUAUGACUAUGUUGAGGUGCGGAGUGGCUUGUCAUCUGACUCAAAGCUUCAUGGGAAAUACUGUGGUACAGAGGUUCCAGAGGUCAUCACCUCCCAGUACAACAACAUGCGAAUCGAGUUCAAAUCAGACAACACAGUCUCCAAGAAAGGCUUCAAAGCUCAUUUCUUCUCCGAUAAAGACGAAUGUUCAAAGGAUAACGGUGGAUGCCAGCAUGAGUGUAUCAACACUAUCGGCAGCUAUGUGUGCCAGUGCCGCAACGGCUUUAUUCUGCAUGAGAACAAACACGACUGCAAGGAAGCUGAGUGUGAGCACAAGAUCCACAGCACAAGUGGAACCAUCAGCAGUCCCAACUGGCCUGACAAGUACCCCAGCAGAAAGGAGUGCACGUGGGACAUCACGGCCACACCCGGCCACCGGGUCAAAAUUUCUUUUAAUGAGUUUGAGAUUGAGCAGCACCAGGAAUGUGCAUAUGAUCACCUGGAGGCCUUUGACGGUGACUCGGACAAGACGCCCAUCCUGAGCCGUCUGUGUGGCAGUAAGAUUCCAGAACCGCUCAUCUCCACAGGCAACAAGAUGUACCUGCGAUUCAUCUCCGACGCCUCAGUGCAGCGGAAAGGCUUUCAGGCCACUCACUCCACUGAGUGUGGUGGUAGGCUGAAAGCAGAGGCACGUCAGAAGAACCUGUAUUCUCAUGCUCAGUUUGGGGAUAAUAACUACCCCGGCCACACCGACUGCGAGUGGCUCAUAACAGCAGAGUCGGGUUAUGGCAUCGAGCUCACUUUCACCACCUUUGAGGUAGAGGAGGAGGCAGAUUGUGGGUAUGACUACAUCGAACUUUACGAUGGCUACGACACCGGAGCGCACAAACUCGGACGCUUUUGUGGAUCUGGGCCCCGUGAGGAGAUUUACUCUGCUGGCGAUGCCGUGUUGAUCCAUUUCCACUCUGAUGACACAAUCAGUAAGAAAGGCUUCCACAUCCACUACACUAGUACAAAGUUCCAGGAGGCGCUACAUACACGCAAGUAACGUCUCCCCUAGAGGCGAGAGAGACUCCAGAGAGACGGGGAUGCUACAAGGAGAAACGGACUCCAGAAAACUAUCGAGAUUGAUGUUUGUCAAUCAAAGACCCUGCCGUGAUGUGUUUCCUGCAUUGGAUUUGCCUCUUUAUGAUCAGCCACUGUGGAAGUGCUGUCAUAUUGACCCUAAACACCGAUCAGCUGCUCUUAUGUGUGGGAUAGCUCCGCCCACUGGAGUGCUGUCCUGCGCUCUCUUGACUGGACCAGUGCAGUAAAUCAACCCCUGGACAAACACACACACUCACACACAAAAACUUUUUGUUGGCUCACUGUUUUUCAGAUAGGACGGUGAUAGUCAUGUAAAAAUAACCGAAAUGAAGAAACAAUGACAAUUAAGUAACUGCUAUUGAACUUGUGUGUGUGUGUGUGUGUGUGCGCAUGUCGCUCUGGACAGCAUGGACAGUUUGGCUGCUGAUGCCACACCACACUGUACCUCAGCUAAAAUGUGUGUGUGUGUGUGUGUGUGUUUGUUUGUGUGUAUGUGAAUAUGUGUGUUUGAGAGAGUGAGGCCUUCAAAUACCAGCCUGAACUCAUUCAAAUGUUUUUACAAUUAUGUGGUUGUAAUUUUACAAUUAUUCUGUUAUUCUGUCUUUUUGGCAAAACCUAUUAUUUUCCAUCAGAAGUAAAUAUGUAGCCCUAUUUAACAAUAAGCUUACUUAUAUGUAGCCCAUUGCUUAUGUCUGCUGUGACGGACAUAGCAAUUCAACGCAAGUGGUUAUGACUACAAAGCUGUUUUAAGACCGUGAGUCUCAUUCACUAAGCUUGAGUUUGUGGGUAAAAUCUGUUUUAAGAAACAACACCAAUAAUUUUUGUACUAAAAUAAAAAUAAAUUGGGAACAACUUAAACCACACAUACUCAAAAAUCACAUGCUCUGGGUGGCCUUAUAAUCAUGUUAAGAUGUUAAGGAUAAGAACAAAUUCAUGUUUGUGAGUUAGGCAUUAAUAAUUUUUUUUGAGAAGUUCUCUUGUGUACAAAUUCAAAAUAAUCCACACAAUUUGUUAGUGAAUGAGACCCAGUUGUGCUUCAUUCGUGAGCAGGCCCACAAUGAAUUUGCAUGUAAUUUAAUAAUGUCUGCACCAUUUCUGUUCUGAAUAAUUCCAUAGAUUUUUUUUUCUUAAAACGUAAAAAAAAAGGUCUGCAGAUUUCAUUUGGGCCUUCUCAUGAGUUGCAGAAACCAUGUGAAGUUGUUUGAGGUUUAGUUGUUUUUGUGUGUGUGAGAGAGAAAAAUGAUAGAAUAUUCUAUAAUUUGCCUGUUGAAGAAACCAGUGGUUUUCUCACUCUUCCAGUAACGCCUCCUGAAGAAGUGAACCGUGAAAAUGAUGUGAACAUAAAUUGAUGUCAUAAAGCCUUGCAUAAUAUGUCUGUUACAGCUGUGACAACUGACUACAACCACCUUAUCCCUGUGCGCUUUAUAUGCACUUAACGCAAAAGACUGUAUGGAACUGUGUGCUCUCCAGUCGUGCAAAUGAACCCAUGAGCAGUACCAAUGAAGCUGAAAAACUCACGUAAUCUUAAUGAAAAUUUUACAGACUCAUAGCAAGGAAACGUUCUCAGUUGCUAUAUUCCCAAAUGACAAGUUUUCCCUGCUUGGAAAAAAGCAAAGUCGCUGUUGAAGGGAAUUCCUACGGUGCUAUUCAGUGUCUCAAAAAAUGACAGGUCCCACGAGGCAAUGCUCCAGCCAUUCAGUGAAUGCGUUGGUGCGAUGGAGAUGCAACGUUAAAAAAAUGUUGCUUAUCAACACAGAACAUUGACUCACAGCAUUGACAGCACUAGUGUUGUGGAGGAACAAUUAUUGCCUUAGAACCAAAAUGUACAUUCUUGCACAUGAUUAUGUUUCUGUAGAUAAUUUUUUUUUCUCCCCAAAUUAUUAUUAUAUUUUAUUUGAUAUUAAGUUUAAAGAACUUGAACCUUUAUGUUAAAAAAAGAAAUUGAAAUGGACUGACCUGAAGCCGUCCCAUUCUGUCCAGUUACACAAACACACGCACACAUAUCUGCAUAUAUGCUUAUAUAUGAUCAUGUGCAAACACACACACACACACACACACACACACACAAAAUAAUGUUACAUUAAUAUUAAUGCUUUAAAGUCGGCAGUACGACUGUGUGAACUGUGACAUAUGUGUGCAUCUAUUGGUCACAGGUCAUGUGACUGUUCUGACUCGUGUGAGUAUUUCUGUAUGUGCCAAGCUCCUGUUGAUUCCACUCUUGAUGAACUAUGACAUAUGACAAUGUGAAAAAUGAUUUAUUCACCUGUUUCAUCAUCAGCCUAAUGAUGAAGGAGGACACUUCACUCUCAACAGUGAUUAAACUCAUGUCAGGUCAAUUAAA